AUUUUACUUUGCCCAUGCUUCAAGUAGAUGAAUUAAGAAUAAAAAAUUCAGAACUCCAUUUCAUACAAACCUUGACAUGAGCGAAUGAGCAACAAGCCAACACGGGAUGUUCAAUUUCAAACGGGGGCGGUCCUAGGGGUGCAAGGGGGGCGGGUGCCCUAGGCCCAAAAAAUAUGGGUAAAAACUAGGCCCAAGUUUAGUUCUUUUUUUGGAUGAAAGGUAAUUUUAUUAGACACCCAAAAAUAACAUAAUACAAUGUAUCAAAACUAUCUAGCUAGCUAAUCUAACUAAAAAAGGUAUCCAUCAUUCAACCCCCGUCCACCCCUUGCAGGGUAGGCGGGGGAGAGAGUUUUUCAAAAGAGUCCAAAACGGCACAGCACAGGCCCCGGCUCGUAUAAAAAACGUCAAAGUAAAUCUGUCCACCAUCCACAAUGUCCAAGGGAUCCGAAGCAAUGAAGCCCAAUCCUCCAAAAAGCUUUGCUCCAGCGGCCCAGUAACUGCUCCAGCAGUGUCAAAUAAUCCCAUCAGCAAAAACCAGGCAGUGAGCUAAUUAAAGCUCCGAAGCCCUUAAGAUUCCCCAGCGGUCCACCUGCUUCUACCAUGAAGCCCACAAAUCCAGCAGCAGUAGUGAAACAAGCUGCAGCAGCGGCCCAAGCAAGAGUUACCCGGCGUCUAAGGCAACCUCACCCAGCGGCCCAAAGGCGUUAGGGUUCAGCCCAGAUCUGAAGCCAUCCAUCUCUUUCUCUUCCGCGCCGCACAGCUUUGAAAUUCAAAUCCUCCCACGUGUUGCUACAGUAGCCGACAGGAGAGCUAGGCUGGCGGCCAAUCAACUCCAUCUGUCAGACGCCGUUGACUUGCAUGUCGCCGUCGCCGGCAGAGCUCUGUCUGGUAACCAAUAGCGAAAGAAACCAGACACCCGUCAUGCUCGCUCAUGACACCGUACUCCCUCCCCCACCCCACCAGGUUUCGGCGAUCCCCCGGCGGUCAGGCUGGAAAGAAAGCAAAGCAAGUAACCUGCCGGAAAUACAAAACCAACCCACCCCCACUAGGCUCCGGCAACAUCCCAGCGGCAAUGGUGAGUUGAAGAACCCAGCCGGAAAACGUAAUAAAGCCAAAACGAUGCUCCUGUUGAACUACGUACUAAAACUCAUGCAUACAUACACAAAACACACAGAUAUGAAAGACUACACGCAUGAAGUAUAGAAAUUAUAUAUAUUUAUUUAAGAUUGAUUGAAUGCAGUAAUGAGAAGGAAAAACCGUAUUAAACAUCACCAAUCCCCAAACCAUUCAUUUAUUCAUCAAAAAUGAAGGGGGUGUCGGUUAGUUUAAGUGGAUUAAAAAACCUCCCCACUAACUGGCCCAUGUACACCACUAAACAUGUUUAAACAUGUACGAAAAACAUAAAAACCAAAAACAAAAGAAAAACAAAACCAUAUUAACUAACAAGUUUAACAACAUUCUCCCCCUUGAUGUGUUGAAUCCCUAUCUUUGUCUUGAGCUCAGUAAACCUUUGCCUCCCAAGUGGCAUUGUUAGUAUAUGAGCUAGCUGCCCUUCAGUUCUUA